GCAGCUUACGUCUUCAGGCCCGACCAUCGGACGUGAGAUACACAAAUUCUCUACUGCAGCUUACGUCUUCAGGCCCGACCAUCGGAAAUCAGGGAAAGUAAGGGUAGUAGGAGAUUUUGAUGGGUAGAGAUCUAGGAUGACAACGUCGAUUUCACCUGUCCGUGCUGGACUGACCAUUGUAAAAUUCCUUUUCCUGUUUUCACCAUCAGUCAUUUGCGUAGAUGUGCGCUUGAUCGGAAGUACCGUACCUGGUGCCGGGCGCCUGGAGGUUUACUACCGAGGAGAGUGGGGAACAGUGUGCGAUGAUAGCUGGGACGAUGGCGAUGCUUGGACGGUUUGUCGGUCUCUAGGUUGGAGUGAUGGAAAAGCGUUUGGAAGUGCCACGUUUGGAAGAGGAGGCGGCCGUAUCUGGCUUGAUGACGUCCAGUGUUCGUUUUUUAAUACUGAUUUAGAGCAGUGUAGCCACUCAGGAUGGGGUUCUCAUAACUGUAACCAUGGGGAGGACGCAGGGGUCUGGUGUGUACGAGAUGGCGACGUAAUACUGACGGGCAAAACGUCGACACCUCAUUCUGGCCGAGUAGAGGUAUAUCAUAGCGGGGAGUUUGGAACAGUGUGUGACGACCACUUUGACAACAAAGAUGCUGAUGUCAUAUGCAAAAUGCUGGGGUACACAUCUGGCGGUGUAGCUCAUGGGAACGCCAAAUAUGGUCAGGGUGCUGGGAGGAUCUGGCUUGAUGAUCUGACUUGUAGUGAGAGCGCGACUCGUCUAGACCAGUGUGGUCUAUUAAAUUGGGGUACCCAUAACUGUGGUCACGGUGAGGAUGCGGGUGUCUUUUGUUACCGAGGCUUCUGGGAAACAGCGCCCUGCAGUGUUACAUGCGGGAUAGGGACACAACUAAGAUUUUUAACUUGUCAAGGAUUCGGGUGUGUUCCGAAAUCUGAAACUGCUACAUGCUUUCUCAUGGCGUGUUCAGUUGAUGGACAAUGGGGAUCAUGGAGCAGUUGGACGUCGUGCACAGUCACGUGUGGAAGUGGAACUAGAGCGAGAUCUCGACAGUGUAACAAUCCGGCGCCUGCGCAUAACGGUCUCUCUUGUCCAGGUGAUGGACACGAAUCGGAGGAAUGUACUGCCGGAAUCACGUGUCCAGUUGAUGGACAAUGGGCACAUUGGAAUGGCUGGACGUCAUGCUCGGUCUCAUGUGAGGAUGGGACUAGAACGAGAUCUCGCCGGUGUGACAAUCCAGCGCCUGUGCACAACGGUCGCUUUUGUCCCGGAGAUGAACAAGAAUCUGAAGGAUGUACAGCUGGAAUCAUGUGCCCAAUUGAUGGAGCAUGGGGACUUUGGACCAGUUGGGUCUCGUGCUCAGCCUCGUGUGGAUACGGAAGUAGAACGAGAUCUCGACAAUGUAACAAUCCAGCGCCUGCGCACAACGGUCAUUCUUGUAUUGGAGAUGGACAGGAAUCUGAAGAAUGUACAGCUGGAAUCAUUUGUCCAAUUGAUGGACAAUGGGGAUUAUGGACUGAAUGGACAGUCUGCUCAGUCUCGUGUGAAAAUGGAACUAGAACGAGAUCUCGUCAGUGUAACAAUCCAGCGCCUGCGCACAACGGUCGUCUUUGCCCUGGAGAUAAACAGACGUCAGAAGAUUGUACUGUCGGCAUCACGUGUCCAAUUGACGGACAAUGGGGAUCCUGGAAUACUUGGACGUCUUGCUCUGUGUCCUGUGAGAAUGGCAUCAGAAUCAGAUAUCGUCAAUGUAACAAUCCAGCGCCUGCGCACAAUGGUCUUUCCUGCUGGGGUGAUAAUAGCAACGAGGAGGAAUGCUCUUCAGGAAUCAUGUGUCCCAUUGAUGGACAUUGGGGGCAGUGGAAUGGGUGGACGCCAUGUUCAGUCUCGUGUGAAAAUGGAACUAGGACGAGAUCUCGUCAGUGUGAUAAUCCAGUGCCUGUGCACAACGGUCGUCCUUGUUCUGGAGAAGUACACGACUCGGAGGAAUGUGAUGCGGGAAUCGUGUGUCCAAUUGAUGGACAGUGGACGGCCUGGAACAGUUGGUCACCAUGUUCUGUGUCUUGUGAGGAUGGCACCAGAACGAGGUCUCGCCAAUGUCUCGAUCCAGCGCCUGCGCACGGAGGUCUUUAUUGCCCUGGAGACCAGCACGACACAGAAAGGUGUUCUUCUGGAAUUAUGUGCCCCGUUGAUGGACAAUGGGGCUCCUGGUUAAGUUGGACCUCCUGCUCAGUCUCGUGUGAAAAUGGAACUAGAACGAGAUCUCGCCAGUGUAACAAUCCAGCGCCUGCGUACAACGGCCAUUAUUGUUCAGGAGAUGACCAUGACUAUGAAGGAUGUACUGCUGAAAUCAUGUGUCCUAUUGAUGGUCAGUGGUCAGAGUGGAACGGUUGGUCGUUGUGCUCAGUUACUUGUGAGCACGGAAGUAGGACCAGAUCUCGACAGUGCAACAAUCCAGCUCCUGCGCACAAUGGACUUUCCUGUCUAGGGGUUGUAAACGACGAAGAGAAAUGUUCUGCCGGAAUCAUGUGUCCAAUUGAUGGGCAGUGGGGCAAAUGGAAUUCAUGGUCAUCGUGUUCCGUCACCUGUGAAUGUGGUGAGAAGAUGAGGUCACGUGACUGUGACAAUCCGAACCCAGCCCAUGGAGGUAUGGAAUGUACCGGAAACAUGAGUGAAACAGCAUCUUGUGGAAUCGAUAUUCUAUGUCCAGGUGGCUGUGGGAAAGACCACCUGAUGUGCACUGAUAAGAAAACCUGCAUCCAUGUAAGCAUGUCAUGUGACAGUGUGAAGCAGUGCCCGGAUGGAAGUGACGAGAUAAAUUGUAUAGGAAGGAACCUGCUGUAUAUGCCCCAGUUUCAGUACUUGUUUUCGUCGGACUCGACAAGAAUGUGUCCAUGUCUCCCGUGGUUGAUCAUUACAUGGUUGUCUCUGGCCGUGUUCCAGUAAACUUUCAACCUACAUGUUGUUGAUAAAUAUGUAUAAUAAUCUAGUGUAACGAUUACAUACAUAAUUAUUUACUAUCUUCUGGUAAUCUUGAUCUCUCCAUAGAAAACAAUAUUUUGCGAAAAAUGCAUCUUAAAGAAACCAGCGUUAGAUUAAAUAAUAUUUUCUCAAUGCAUUUGUGAGACAGUUCACAGGUUGUUCCUUUCUUUGUUUUCUUCUUUUGCUUUGAACUUACAAUACAUGUUACUUAAAGAUCAUAUAUUUUCUUGAAGCUCAAUAUUCGUGCCCCCCCCCAAAAAAAAGCAAAAAACACUUAUGGAUUUCUUGAUGUUAAGUGCCUACGACAUGAAAGAAAAUAAAACACUCACGAAAUUUUACUAUUUCACAGUAACCAAUUAUGUCCAUAUUUAUAAAUUUGUUAGAUAAUGGAGGUGAGCGCAUUGAUAAUGUUGCUAUAAUAGUAACUUGUGCCCCUUCCUCCUCUUUCCCCGUCACAUACACAUGUUGAAACAGUAAAGGAAUGACAAAAUGUACCGUUUCUUGUUUUAUAGACAAGGAUACUUUUAAUUCGUUAACAAAAGACAUGAAUGAAAAUUUCGUAGAGUUUACCAUGUGUUUAUGUAUACAUUU